UGUAUACCUCGUCACGCCUUUCGAUCCAAGCAAUCCUUCCCCUGAUGCCCUCCCUUUCCAUCAUCCCCUCUUUUGUCCCUUCUCCUUUUAUGAAAAAUCUCUGAGAUCUCUGUCAACUUCAGUCCUUCUCUCCCAGAUAUCUCUCUGAUAUCCUCUGUCUCUUCUCUCUCCCUCCCUCUCUCUCUCUCCAUGUGCUUGCUUCACCCUCCAUUAUAAGUUAUAGCCCAUACCCUUCAUGUCCUCCCCUCACCUACCCACCAUGGAGCCCCAACAGCAGCAGCGGCAACAGCUUCAAAACCAAGAAGACAUGAACGGCAACGGCAACAGUGGGAAAGGAGGAGCCACGAGCAGCAGCAGCAGCAGUUACGUUUGCAGGCAAAGCAGUACCAGGUGGACGCCCACGACGGACCAGAUAAGGAUCCUCAAGGACCUCUACUACAACUACGGCGUGCGGUCCCCCACCGCCGACCAGAUCCAGAGGAUCUCCGCCCGCCUCCGCCAGUACGGCAAGAUCGAGGGCAAGAACGUCUUCUACUGGUUCCAGAACCACAAGGCCCGCGAGCGCCAGAAGAGGCGCUUCUUCUCCCCCGACCCAAAUUCUAAUAUCAAUGGCGCCGUCCCUCCUCCUCCGCCUCCUACGGCCUCCGCGGUCAACCCCAAGACGAGAUGCGGCGGUCGCGGAAGCGGCAGUUGGAGCGGCAAACUGCCUCCUCCCGAAGACCCCUUUGUGCUCCACAACAAGUACUCUAACCUCACUCCUCCUGGGCUUUGUUCUUCUUCCUCUGCUGCUGGUGGUGCAAUGGCUGUUGGGCAGAUGGGUGGCUAUGGAUAUGGUUCUGUGACAAUGGAGAAGAAUUUUAGGGAUUGCUCCAUAUCAGCCGGCAGCGGCGGGGGAGGGUAUGUCGGCCCCAACCUUGGUUGGAUCGCGGUGGACACGUAUGCUUCCCCGCCGUGCGCCGCUCUCUUAGAAAGGAAGAGCCGCCCUUCCCUCGAAAACCAGCCGGAGGAAGACGAAGAAGGAGGGGGAGAAGAAGAAGACGAUGAAGAAACUCCGGAGAUCGAAACCCUACCGCUGUUCCCGAUGCACGGCAACAACGACCACUUGAACAUCGACAAUGCCUUGUGCAACAUCAAGCCUAACUCGGAUCAUUACCAUCACCACAUCCACCGUCAGGGCUACUGGUACGACGACGUCGUGAUGAGCACCUCUCGCACUUCCCUCGAGCUUAGCCUCAACUCCUACGCCGGCCGAUCGCCCGGCCCCAUUUAAACAAACCAGGAAAGAAAGAAGGGAAAAUUGUGGAUUCUCUCUCACCUUUUUCUUGUGAUUUUCAUAACCCUAAUGCUUAUAUUAUAGCUAUUAGAUAUAGCCAUUGGUAAAUGUGCUAAUCAUUCACCAUCUAGGUUAAUUAUGACUAUUGCUGCGACGUCCUCCUCCUCCUCCUCCUCCU